AUGGUGUCCCGAAUCCUCUUCCUGGUGCUGUGUGGCAUGGCCUUCCUUGCCGGUGUGCCAUUGAACGGCUACAUCCUCUUCGUCGCUGGCUGCCGUGUGGAGAGAACAGUCAGUGCUGUGUGGUUCUGGAACCGGGCCCUGGCCGAUUUCAUCUUCAUCAUCUUCCUGCCAAUCAGAUUGAUUUCCAUCUUCAUCCACGACUUUCACUGCAGCUGGAAGCUGAGCAGCACCGUCACCUCCCUCCACAUGUUCUCCAGUGCCUUCCUCCUCACGGCCCUCAGUGUCGACCGCUGCAUCUUAGUGGCAUGCCCUGAGUGGGCCCGGAACCACCGCACGCACCCCCUAGCUUUCGGGGUGGUUAUGGGCUUGUGGGCCCUGUCUCUUGGGUUCAGCUUGAGGUACGGUGAUCUCUUGGACUACCAGCUCUCACCUCCCAAUAUCAGCAGGUAUUUCCAUCCAGAUGCAGGGAGGGCGAAGGCUGCAGUUGUGAUCCAGUUCCUGUUUAGUUUUCUAAUCCCAUUAGCCUUGAUCUUAAUCACAGCCUUCUACACCUUUUUAGCUGCCAAGCUGAGAAGGAACAGGCUGAUCCAGUCCACCAAGCCCCUCAAGAUCCUUCUUGGCUUGAUCCCGACCUUUUUCCUCUGCUGGCUGCCAUAUCACGUCUUCUUCUUCUUGCAGAUCUCAGCUACGUACCCUCUGCCUCUUCUGAGCAUAGGAAGUGCUUUUGCUUGUGUAGUGACAUAUUUCAGCAGCUGCCUCAACCCCAUCUUCUACCUCACCAUGGAGGAAGAGUUUCAGAGGUACCGGCAACGUGCAUGCAAGCCCCAAACCACUGACACCUCGGGGCCAGAGCCAGAUGAAUAG